CUAUUACAGAAAUAUUAGUCGUUAAUGAAAUUCCUCGCGAGCAGGAUGGAAUUGACUGAAGAAUUAAACGGUGCUGUCAGGGUUAAACUGGAACCUGAAGAUGAGUUAAAUUCUGAAAAUAAUUUUAAUAUAAUUAAUCUUGAUACCAAAAAUGUUCAGUCCGAAAUCUUUCUACAAAAGAAUUCAGAAAGGAUUCAUGUGCUUCGAAAAUCUGACGAAACUUAUGAAAGUGAGCUUGACAAUAUAAAAAUCGAAUUCGAAUGUAAAGACGAGAAGCUCAGCAUAAAUUCAUUAGUAGACAAUAAAAUUGAAGAUUAUUCUCAAAAUUGCUUUCAGAAUAUAAAAUACAACAAUGAUUAUAAACCUCUGACCGCAGUUAAAAUAGAAGCUAUGGACGGAGUGAAAAAAGAAUUGGACUUGAAUUUCAGUAAUGAAUGUAUUUAUGCAUGUAAAACUUGUGAAAAAACAUUUACUCGUAAAAUUCAUCUAAAGAGACACAUCAAAUUAUCGCAUCAUAGUAUCGGCUAUGCGUGUGAUAUUUUUGGGAAAAAAUACUCAAAAAACGUUAAUCUAAAGAGACAUAUAGAUUCGAUGCACAAGGGUAUUACCUACACCUGUAAAAAAUGCGGGAAGACAUAUUCAACAAAGAAUUAUCUUAAAAUCCACAUUGAUACUAUGCAUAAUGGUAUUACCAACACCUGUGAUGCAUGUGGGAAGACAUUUUCAACAAAGAAUUAUCUUAAAAUCCACAUAAAGACUAUACAUAAUGGUAUCACCCACACAUGUGGCACAUGUGGGAAGAACUUCGCAACGAAAGGUAAUCUCAAAUUACACAUCAAGACUGUGCAUAAUGGUAUUACCUACACCUGUGAUACAUGUGGGAAGACAUUUUCACAAAAGUGUAAUCUUUAUACCCAUAUCAAGGCUUUUCAUGAUGGUAUCACCCACACAUGUGGCACAUGUGGGAAGAACUUUGCAACGAAAGGUAAUCUCAAAUUACACAUCAAGACUGUGCAUAAUGGUAUGACCCACACCUGUGAUACAUGCGGGAACACAUUUUCACAAAAGAGUCAUCUUAAAAUCCACAUUGACGCUUUGCAUAAUGGUAUCACCCACACCUGUGAUACAUGCGGGAAGACAUUUUCACAAAAGAGUCAUCUUAAAAUCCACAUUGACGCUUUGCAUAAUGGUAUCACACAUAAGUGCGAUGUAUGUGAAAAAAUAUUUUCUAUGCGAUCUAGCCUAAUGCGGCACGUGAAACGGCAUGUGGUUAUGUGGAAAAACGUCCGUAUACAAGAUUAGUCUCAAAACCCAUAUAGAUAUUGGGUGCAAUGGUACCAUCUAAAUAAUCUAUACCCGCAAAAAGAAAUAUUCAUGUAAGAAUAAUCUCUUCAGGCAUGUCGGAAUCUAUUAUGUGACACUAUCCCUACGAAUUAAAUGUUUAAAAUGUAUAUUCAAUUGUACGAAAACCCGUAAUGAAAGUUGUGAUUUAUUUUUUCA